AAUAGACGCACUGGGAAUUUUGAAUACCUGCCACUUCCAAGAAUUCAGCCAUGUUUGAUUUCCCUUUGCCAACGAAAAAAGGUUGCAAUAAAUUUUAGGAUGUGAACUCUGUAGUAUCAUUCUAUUGAAGGGGAGACAAACACCUGUACCUGGGCAUAUGUCAUAUAGCAUUAAAUAGGAAAAUUAGAUAAAAUAAAAGUACUGCAUAAUGAUGGCUUCUCCUCUGUUUAAAAAUAAACUGGAAUCAAACAUGGAACAUAUCCUGAAGAAAGUAUUUGAAUUAUUAAACAAAGGAAAUGAGGCUUCAACAAAGGAGUUAGUUAAACAAAUCAAGAUCCUAGCCAAAAGUGACUCAACAAAGGAUGCAGUAUUUGAUACAUUCAUUGGUCCCUUUAGGUAUGUACUCCCCAAAAACAAGAUGGAACUCAUUAUGUUAGUUUAUGAUCGUAUUGCUGAUCAUAUCUUCCAAGAGCUUGAAAACAAUAUGGUCUUCAUCGGAGAUGAUUUCCGAGAUAACUUCUCUGAGAUGGAAAAUUUUUGGGACUAUGUGACAAAAAAGAAUCGUGCAGAUAUGGAAACAUUUUGGCCUAGAAUGAUCCUUGCAGGAAUUCUGGGAUGUGGUGAGGAUGUCACGGAUAUUAAACAGCUCUUGGUUGCCAUAGAGAUGCAGGCAAAGGAAACUGGAACAAUUAAUAUGGCUGACUUUUGUAUCUCCAUAUUGCCAAGCUACAGCACCUUCAUCAAACUUUUCAUAAAAGAAGCAGUAGCACCCGGUAACAUCAAUGAAAACAUGGAUGAUUUAACAAUGAUAAUGAAAUCUAUUGAUGCAAGUCAGAAUGUGAGUGAAUUUGUACAAAAGGUUCAUGAUGCUAUAAUACCUGAAGGAACUAUUGAAGAGAGAACCCUUCAAGAAAAACUAGCUGAAGUUCAUGUUGAUGACAUAUGUAAAAUAGUCGAAGAUUACGAUCCCUACUUCAAGGUGACCAAACAACUGCACACAGGGAGCUACUAUGAUGGCACAAAGAUUUCAAAACUGGAUGAAUUCGACUCAUUGGAAGUGUUGGCCAUGUCAAAAGAUGUAGUCAUAGAAACUGGCUGUUCAAGAGGACACUUUCAUAUUAGGGUACCAGAUGACGUAAAACAUCAUUUAAGGAAACAGGAGGAAGAAUAUGCAAAAAGUAAGGGGCGACCUGUGAUUGAACCACUAGGAAUUGUAAAUCAGAAUAAUCAUAUAUCCAGCUAUGUGAUGGUGAAAUACUUAAGAACAGUGAUAUCAAGACACGGACUGACUCCCAUCACGUUUAUGCCUAAUGCUAACAUAGAGCUACAAGGAGGAGGAGGGUUUUGUUCAUAUAGCCUUGAUGUCACCUUCUGUUUACAGAUGGACCGAUAUAACCCAAACCACAAGAUUGUAUUUGAUGAAUUGCCUGAGUUGUCAGAAGGGAACAUAUCCUGUGUGCUGGUACCAAAGAGUCUCCAAAAGUGUGAAUUAGGACACUACUGUUGGCCAGUUUCUUGCUCUACCCAUGAACAGGGUCUUGUCACCUCUAUGUCACCUAACCAUGUCACCAUACAGAUGACACUGAAGCUUGUCACAAGGACACUGGUGAACCACAUGCUCCACAUGUGUGCACUGGCUAGAGGGCACUACAUGGAUGAUUCCUACAUACUAAAGAUGAUAGUACUCCAUCAUGAUAAAAGGUGUGAUGUCAAACAUCAACCUGGCAGUCUGGGAAUGUGUUUCAAACAGAUAUGUGCCGAGAUGUCUGACCUGUUUGGAGCAGAUGUCUUUAGUGUUAAAACUGAGCAUGAAAGACUUGUCCUGUUUGUACGAUUCCAUUUGAUGAAAAACAAACUUUCAGACAAACUUUCUGAAUGUACCAAAAACACGAAUCCUCUUGUAUCCAUGGGAGUAUCAACAGCAGAAUUCUCAAGUGUAGAUGACAUCAUUAAGAAAAUGUCAAGUCAAGAGAGAAUGAAACUUAAGGAGGAAUACAUGAAAGAUGAACUCUUUAGAAGUGCAUUAGAAAUCCUAGUGCCAUUCCAGCCAAUAUCUGCAAACAGCCCAAUAACUAGUGAUGUCUGGCCAGGAUAUCUCGCUAUCAUACCAUGCCUCAUGUCAACAGACACGCAGAAAAUACUGGAGUCCAUAUUCCGUGAGCAUCAUCACUACGCCAGGACACGUCUCGAUGACAUAUCUUUACCAUUCAGGAAUGUUCUCAAGAAAUAUGUGACAACGGCAUCGUUUCAGUGUAUCAUGAGCGUGAGAGCGGCAGUGUUCCUGCUUCAGAGAAUCAUAAAUGAACUUGAAAACAAGACAACUAGACCUAUGUUACAAGAUAUACCUUUAGACUGAGGUCACUUUAAAUACUGUAGUAUGUUUAAAGAUGUUCUGGUAAUAACUUACCACAUGUACCUUACUAGCAUUAUAGUCUAAGCAGAAGAGUGUUGAAUAAAAAAACAUGUUAUCUAGCUGAAAUAGGAGCACACGUGAUUUAACUUUUUAAACCCAAGGACCAAAUAAUAUUACAUAAGGUCCUAUUGAGAAAAUGUCAGUGAUUAUCCUAGCAACUGAGAGGUGGACCCAGUUGAAAAUUUCAACAUAUCUUGGCAUCUUACUAGUUGAAAAUCCCUUUACAACCAGAUUUUGCGAAUUGACAAAAAUAAGGAUGUCUUGACAUAUUUUGUCCAAGUUUUAAAAUAAUUGCUGGGAAUGCUUGAUGCCUUCAAAGAACAGGCAUAAAGGGUUAAUUAAGACCCACAAACCGCUAUAACAAAAGAUUUUUUAAAUAUUUACCUUUAGGUUUUGCUGAGCCAGGUGAUACUUUCUUUUUACUUGGGGUUCGGCGUGACUUUGGUCUACUAGGAGUGGAUUUAGAUUUUUUAUCUGUGAUUGCAAAUGAAUGUCUUCGUUCUAGCUUAGUGCCACCUGGUGGUGCAGCUCCCAUAUCGAAUAAACUUCGACGUACAUGCUUCAUGUCUGACUCAGUCUCAUUAGCUGCAGCAGCCAUCUUCUUUUUCUUAGCGGAAGAUUUCUUAGCUGACCCUUUACUACUCCGUCUCUGAAAAAAGAAUUAGUACAAAAUUAUAUUUUUGACAAUUGUAUUAUUAACAAUUUUCUUAACAGCUAUGAUAUUGGGCCUGAUCAUAUUACAGUAUUUACUGAUGGAUGUAGUGG